GUUUUCUGCUGCCAACCCCACGGCCAACCCUGGCCUUAGUGGCACUAAGCCUAGUGUUUGCACAAUGUUUGACUCUCGCGUAUCCUGUAGGGAGCCCGACUUGAUGCUUCAUCACCUUAGUGCAGACAUCGUUUGAAUCAGCUCUUUGGGCGUGCACACUUUUGUUUCCGGGACGAGAACAGGUUCGCAUCGCUGGCAUGAACACUCGCUUGCGCUCGGGUGGGCCAGAGGUCGAUCAAGGAGCCCAAAGAUGCUGUGCAUGGCCGUGUAGUUUGAUAUGAGUCGAGGGUUUGUCUGCGGGGGCGGGAAUUUGAGUCUGUGGGGACGACCCCCAUUCGGGGCUCGGGUUUGGACUCCGAGCCGCGAGCAAAAGCUUGCCGACCGCCCUCCUGGCAUGCGACAGUGUUGAAACUGAUAGCUACUUUAGGGGCAGCGCAUUCGGUCUGAACCCGCGAGAGCUCGGAGAACUCAGGUCAGCCGGUGGACAAGCAGGCUAAAUCAUGUGGCGCUAGGCGAAAGAGCCCGGCCAGGGAGCUCUUUCACUGAGCAGAUACUUGCUAGAACCCUCAAACCGUGGUCGCCAGCCCCCGAGCUGGCUUCGCUGGUCCAGUCAUGCUUUCUCUGUCUUACCCGGAGCACGCCAGGAAUAGAGAGCUGCAGCAAACAGCAGCUGCAGGGCUUGUGCUAGGCAACAGGAGCGGCAGCAGCAGCAGUGAAGCGGGCCUGCAGCUUCCCUCCGCUCAGCCUGUCGAUGACUGCAACGGCUAUUUUAUUGGAGGCGACGCCAUGACCAUGGCGGGUGGCGAUGUGGAUAUGGCGGACAUAGCCAGCGGCACGGACGGCGCCCCCAACGGCACGCCGCCGCCCUACACGGGUCCCUCGGGCGGCGUAUCGCUUGAACCGCUGACGCUCCCGCCGUGCCCACCGCCAGCGGCCCUGCCGCGCGUGCCGCUGCCGGCUUUCAAGCCGCAGCCGCCGCGGCCCGUGCCGGCCGCCGCGGCACCUGUUGCCGCUGCGGCGGGGACCGCCUCGGAGGAGGAGGGGCGGCCUCAUUCCCUGCGGCGGCGGGCGCGCAAGCACCGGCCGCAGCCGCCCAGUGCCGUGGUGGAGGAGCUGGAGGCGGCGGAGGAGCCGGAGCCGGAGAGCAGCGAGGACACGGUCACGGACAGCGACGACGAGGAGGGCCCUGGGGAUGCCUUCUUCCUCGGCGAUGAGGACGCCGACGGCGAGCCCGGCGCCGCCGGCAGCGGCCGGGAGCGGAAGGGCGGCCGCGCCGGCGGCAGCCGCCCGCGCAGCGGCUCCGCCGCGUCGCCGGAGCCCGGCGGCGAGGGCGGCAGCAGCGACGAGAGCGGCAGCGGCGACGACUCGGACGAUGACGACGGCGGCGGCCGGCGGCUGCUGGGCGGCGGCGGCGGCACGCCGGCGGAGAAGGAGAAGCGCAAGCGGAGCAGGCGCAUGCGGCGGCUGCGCGCGAUGGCGGCGGCGGCGCUGGCGUCCGCCAACGUGGCGAAGCGAAUGCCUGGCGGCCCCGCCGCUGCCGCCGCUGGCUUCGACGUAGAGCGCUGGUUCACAGAUUACGACUACAAUUAUGUGGAGGACCCGAACGACUUGGACGCCGGCAUUGCGUUCCCGCGCGGCCUGGUGUUUAGCGAGGCGGAUCUCGUGCUUUCAGCCGAGGAGGCCGCCGCCGUGGCGCUGGCGACCGCGGCGGUGAGCGGCGCAGCGGCGGGGGGCGACGCGGCGGCGGCGGCGAACAGCGCCGCGGCGGAGCUGGCGCGUGGCGAGGCGUUUGUCGGGCUGGAAGGCCUGGUGUUCCUGGGCAAGGAGGGCACCUUCCGCGGCACCGUGCUGCGCUUCGACCCCUCCCGCCAGCGCUUCAAGUGGCUCAUGCGCUACGACGGCGGCGAGGAGGAGUGGGGCUGCGUCACGGAGGACCGCGCCGGCUGGCGGGUGCAGGGCGGCGUGCGGCCGGCGGCCUGGCUGGGCCGCGUGCCGCCGCCGGUGGACGCAAUCAGCCUGGCGGCGGGCGCCGCAGACGGCGUGGCGCCGCCGCCGCCGCCGCCGGCGCCCAAGAAGGCGCCGGCACCGGCGGAGGUGUCGUCGGGCGUCAUCGCAAACAUUAUGGGCGCGGAGAUGGAGGUCACGGUGGGGCGCGAGGGCCAGACGCGCGUGGGCACCGUGAUGGACUUCGACGCCAACCGGCCCCGCUACAAGUGGUACGUGCGCUACAUUGGCUACGCCGAGCCCGCCUACGGCGGCGCCGGCGAGUGGGGCUGCCUGGACGACGACAAAGCCACCUGGCUCACACACGGCUACAAGCGGCCGGUGCUGUCGUGUCAGGGCGGCGUGGGCGGCACCAUCGCAGUGGGCGGCGCCGGCGGCGUGCCGGGCCUGGCGACGGGGCUGGGCGGCGGCGCCGGCGGCGCGCCCGGCUUCAAGCCGCGCAAGGGCCCGUUCGGGCGGACCGGCAUGGGGCUGCUGUACCUGCUGGCGGGCUGCGAGCCGGGGCCGGACGGCAAAUACAAGCCGCCGGCGGUGGGGCAGAGCAUGCGCGGCACCAGCGCCAGCCUGGCAGCCGCUGCUACCGCCGCCAAGAUGGCCGCCGCCGCCACCACCACCGCGGUGAUGAGCCCGGCGGCGGCGGGGCCGGGCGCCGCCGAGGCGCCGCCUCAGCCCGCCAAGCCCACGCGUGUGAGCAGCCAGGCGCUGGCGGGUGUGCCGGACGAGUACGGCGCGUCCCUGUGCGGCGCCAAGAUCACGAUCACGGUGGGCCGCGGCCAGGGCCACAAGCGCACCGGCACCAUCACCGAGUACGACUUCAACCGGCCCAAGUACCGCUGGCGCCUCACCUUUGACAACGUGGGCGAGCCCGCGCACGGCGGCGCCGCGGAGUGGGGCAUGCUGUCGGAGGACCAGUCGCUGUGGCUGGCGCACGGCUACAAGCGCAACAUCACCGCGUUGUCGGGCGUGCCGGAGCGCAAGCCCAAGCCCGCGAUGCCGCCGCCGCCGCCGCCCGGAGCGGCGGCGGCGGCCGCGGCGGCGGCGGCGGCUGGCGCCGCCGUCACGCCGAUGCCCACACCGGGCGGGCCCGCCAGCGCGCGCGCCACGCCCGCGCCUGGGGCCGGCAUGGACAUCGACGGCGGCGCGGCGUCGCCGACGCCGGGCCCGGAUGCGAAGGGCGAUGACGACGACGACGAUGAGGAGGAGGAGGACGCGGCUGCCAAGGCGGCGGCGCCGGCGGCGGAGCCUCUGGACCCCAAGGUGGAAGAGGCGCUGGACAAGGCGGCGCAGGCGGCCGUGGCCAUUGUGUACGAGAGCAACAAGGAGAUCGCCGCUCAGUACGGCAUCGACACCACCGGCCUGGUGAUGGAGCAGGUGGAGGAGCUGGGCGGCAACCUGGUGGGUGCGCGGCUGCUGGUGGCGGUGGGCCGCGGCGGCCAGCGGCGCAGCGGCACCGUCACGGACUACGAGCCCAACCGCCCGCGCUACAAGUGGCGGCUGGUGUACGACCCGGAGGUCAUGGCGGUGGGCGACGCCAAGCCGCCGCCGGGCGGCGGUGCGAAGGCGCAGUCGCAAAAGGACAAGGAGGGCAAGGAGGCGAAGGAGGCGGCGAAGGCGGCUGGAUCCGCGAAGGAGGGCGCGGCGGCUGGGGAGGCGAACAAGGCGGACGAAAAGGAGGCAAAAGCGGAGGGGGCCAAGGCGGAGCCGGCGGCGGCGGCGGCCGAGGAAGGGGGCGAGAAGAAGGACGCCGAGGCCGGCGCCACAGCCGCCACCGGUGCUGCCUCCAGUGAGAAGGACAAGGAAGCGGAGGCCGGGGGCAAGGCGGACGGUGACAAGGAGGGUGACAAGGAGGGUGACAAGGAGAGGGACAAGGACGGCUCCGAAAAGGACAAGAAGGACAAGGAGAAGGAGAAGAAGGACAAGGACAAGGAGGAGAACGUGGUGGAGGGCGAGUGGGGCACCCUCAGCGAGGACCGAACCGCCUGGCUGUGCCACGGCUACCGCCGUGCCAUCGUGGCGUCGGAGGGCAUCCCCGAGCUGCCCGCCGCCUACGUCACCGCCGCCGCCGUGGCGGCGGCGGUGGCGGCGGCCGCUGCCUCGCCGCAGCGCAAGCGGCGGCCGGGCUUCCUGGACGAGCAGGCGGUGGCGUCGGCGCUGCUCACGCUGGGCAAGCGCGCGCGCCACGAGGCCAAGGCCAAGAUGGCGGCGGAGCGCGAGUCGCGGCAGGCGCACUUCGUCCCCAACGCCGCCGGCGGCGGAACCGUGGUCAUGGGGCCGCCGCCGCCAGGCAGCACGCCGGCGGACGAGGGCCCGGCGGCCAAGCGCGUCAAGACCGAGCCCGGCGCCGACGGCCUGGCGCGCGCCGCCAGCGGCGCCGUGGACGGCGCCGCAGGAGAGGGCGGCGCCGCCGGCGGCGCUGCCGCCGGCGCGCCCGCCGCACCGCCGCCGCCGCCCGUGGACAACACGGGCCCGGUUUCGCCGGUGGCAAACCCGGAGGGCGUGGUGGGGCUGGAGGUGGAGGUGGAGCGCGGCGACGACGGCAAGCAGCGCGGCCGCGUGCUGAGCUACGACUCCAAGAAGCCGCGGCUGCGCUGGCUGGUGCGCUACCACGACGGACAGCAGGAGUGGGGCACCUUUGCGGACGACCUGUCCACGCUGCGUGUGUACGGCGCCAUGCGGCCCAUCACCUGGACCUCGCGCCCGCCCGCGGUGCUGCCCAAGAGCGGAAAGGGCGUCAAGCGCGUGCGCGCGUCGCCGGCGGGCGCCAAGGGCCCCGGCGACAAGACCCCGGGCGCGCCGGGCGCCGGCGGCGCGACGCCCGGCGGCGUGCCGGGAGGCACGCCGGGAGGUGUGCCCGGCGUCACGCCCGGCGCCACGCCCGGUGUGGUGGGGGCGCUGACGCCCGAGGCCGCGGCGGCUGCUGCUGCCGCAGCGGCGGCGGCGGCAGCCAUGGCUGGCGCGCCGCCUGGCGCCGCGGCUGCCGCCAUGGCGGCGGCAGCUGCGGCGGCUGCGGCUGCGGCGCCACGGCCAGGCGUGCCGCGGCCGCCGCGCAUGGAGUCGGAGAACGGCGAUGAGGACUGGUCGGCGGGCGGCGGCGCGUGGGGCGGCGGCGGCUCCGACUACCGAUACAUCUUCCGCCGCAACGGCAUGUGCCGGGCGCAGAUCACACACCAGGGCUGCGCCAUCAUCAGUCCGUACUACGACACACCGGAGGCGGCGGCCGCCGCCGCCGACUACUACAACUACAAGCUGCGCGGCGCGGCGGCGCACCUGAACCUGGGUCUGACGCCGGAGCAGCGGCUUGUGCUGGACACGUUGUCGCUGGAGCAGCUGCAGGCGUACAUCAAGGGCCGCGGCGACGUUCACGACCUCGCAAAGGCGCUGGUGCAGUUCGGCACGCCGGAGGGGCUGCAGCUGUACGCGCAGCUUCAGGCCUACCACCAGCACCAACAGUUGAUCAUGCAGCAGCUGCAGCUGCAGGCCGCGGAGCAGCAGCAACAGCAGCAGCAGCAGGCGGGGGCGGCGGGCGGCGAGCAAGGCGCCGCGGGCACCGGGGCCGGCGAGCAGGGCGCCGACGCGGCGGCGGCCGCGGCAGCCGCGGCGGCGGCGGCAGGGCAGCACACGCAGCAGCAGCUGUUUGACGCCGCGGCCGCGCACCUGGACUUUGGCCGGCAGCAGGCGCACCAGCCGCACCAGCUGCAUCACCAGCAGCAGCAGCAGCCGCUGCAGCUGAUACAGCACGAGCCGCUGUCGGCACAGCCGCUGACGGACACGCAGCUGCGGGAGCAGCAGGCGCGGGACCAGCAGGCGCGCGAGCAGCACGAGCGGCUGCUCCAGAUGCUGGCGCUGCAGGCGCAGGGGCAGGGGCAGGUGCAAGGGCAGGGGCAGGUGGCGCCUGGGGCGGCCGCGGCUGCAGGAGGCCUGCCUGAGAGCGCCUACCAGCAACCACAACCACAACUACAACCGCACCAGCAGCAGCAGCAGCAGCACGGGGCGGCCGCGGCGCUGGCGCUGGCACCGCCGCCGCAGCACCAGCACCCGCAGCACGCGGCGCCGAUGGAUGCUGAGCAGGCCGCCGGCCCCAUGAUUGUGGAGGUGGCGGUGGACGACCCCAUGCCGCUGGACCACGGGGCAGCGGCGGGGCAGCCGCCGCCGGCUGCCGGCGGCCACCUCGGCAUCCCGGGCCUGUCCACCCACGGCCUGGUGUCCACGCAUGCCGGCGCGCCGGCGGCGCUGCAGUACCUGCCGCCGCUGCAGCUGCAGCUGCAGCACGGCGCACCGGCGGACCCGCAGGCGGCGGCGGGGGCGGCGCCGGCGUCUCUGGCGCUACCGGUGCUUGACCUGGAUGUGAACGUGGGCCUCACUGGCGCCGGCACAACACACACCACCGGCUUUGAGGCCGGCGCUGCCGCUGCGCCGCCCCACAGCCAGUUCACCUACUCCUCGCUACUGCCGCCGAACCCGGCGCUGCUACAGCCGCCGCCCGCGUCGCUGUUCCAGCUGCCGCCCGGUGGCGCCCCUGCGGCAGGCACCGAGGGCGCGGGCGCCGGCGGCGCCAUCCCUCCGGGGGUGGUGUCUCCCCAGUGGCCUUAUGGCUUUCCUAGCUACACGACUCCCGAAGCACAGCAGCAGUUGCUCCAGCACCAUAUGAGACUGGCGGAGAUCGAGCGACAACAGAAUCAGCAGCAACAACAGCAGCAACAGCAACAACAGCAACAGCAACAGGGCUGGCAGUGAGGCUGCGGGCGGCGGCGACGGGCCGGGCAUGUGCUCGUGUGGGUGGUCCCUCUUGGGUGUUGUGGUUGGGUGGCCGGGUGCUGGGCCGGGUAAUGACGGCCGGGUUACAUAGCCGUCUCGCGUGGUGUACGGCGUGUGGUGGCGUAGAUGUGGUAGUGCUGAAGACGUGAGGAGGCCCCAUGGAACGGGCGCUGUGCUCGAAGCGGCCUCGAUGUAGCAAUAGGUGGCCAAGUCAUCACUGGCAAUCGACUCGGGAAGGCGCUGUGUGCAUGUCGACUCGCUGGGACCUGAAGAUCCCGGCGUCGCCAUAGCACUGUUAGUUAGAGGACUUUGGUAAGCAUCUCGGGUUGUGAUAUGAACCCUGUCAGUAUCGCGGUUAGCAGCCUUUGAAGGAAGUCUGAGGAGUGGCUCGUUGGCGCUGAAGGCCCCUGCUGGCACAUGCCGUACAUGGUAGCUCUUGGGUGUACAUGUAGACUGCGCGGCCUGCAUGGGCUGCAGGACGUAAGCGAGCGAACCAGCCGGAUAUGCGGGCAGGUAGGGUUUUGGGGAGCUUGCGGGGUCGGGUCGUCAUAGAGGGCAGACCGGUAUUUAGGGACUGCGGGCUGCGGCUGGAAGCAACGUGCGACGGUGUGUUGCGGACGGAUGGAUGCACUACCGCUCUCCCAAAUAAAUGACGACGGUGUACCCCGGGCACACAUGCAUCCUGGGCCGCGAGACAUAUUAACUUGGCCCGCCGGCGA